GUGGGAUCGGCGGCGGCGGCGGCGGCGGCGCUCCAUCAUGGCGGCUUCCAUUUCGGGCUACACGUUCAGCUCGGUCUGCUACUACAGCGCCAACAGCAGCGCCGACCACGAAGGAUUCUUGUUGGGAGAAGUUAGACAAGAGGAGACAUUUAGCAUUAGUGACUCGCAAAUCAGCAACACUGAAUUUUUGCAAGUAAUCGAAAUCCAUAAUCAUGAGCCUUGUUUGAAAUUAUUUAGCUUUUAUGAUUAUGCAGGUAAAGUCAAUGAAGAAAAUUUGGACAGAAUUCUUAAAGAUCGGAAAAAAAAUGUUAUUGGAUGGUACAGGUUUAGGAGAAACACUCAACAGCAAAUGUCCUAUAGAGAGCACAUCAUCCAUAAACAGCUGACACAGAUUCUUGGAGUGCCUGACCUUGUCUUCCUUCUAUUCAGCUUCAUCUCCACGGCUAAUAAUUCAACACAUGCUUUAGAAUAUGUUCUCUUUAGACCAAACAGAAGGUAUAAUCAACGGGUGUCACUCACUAUUCCUAAUCUAGGCAACACAAGUCAGCAGGAAUACAAGGUCUCUUCAGUGCCAAAUACAUCUCAGAAUUACACCAAAGUUAUUAAAGAACAUGGUACCGACUUUUUUGAUAAAGAUGGUGUGAUGAAGGAUAUCAGGGCUAUAUAUCAGGUUUAUAAUGCACUUCAGGAAAAAGUACAGGCAGUAUGUAUAGAUUUAGAGAAAAGUGAACGAGCUGUAGAGUCUUUCCAGGCAGAGGUGAAUAAGCUGAAAAGGCAAAUCUCACAAAGGAAAAAUGAAAAGGAGCAGAAAAUAAGGCUGCAGCAGACCAUCUUAAGCAGGCAGAUAUCAACCGAAACCUUGGAACCUAUAUUCAUCCCACGGAUGUCUCAUGCGGGAUUUGCUGUGGAAGGUAGUAACCUUGAAGAACCAGAUACCUCUGAUCCUCCUCCCCCUUACGCUGACUUCAGUGUGAUCAAUCAUGACAGUGCCGUGCGCCCUGGUGUUUUAGAAAAUAAUGUUUUCAUGCCUCGACCUCAAGCAGUGGGCUCUCCUAGUUAUGUUUCCACAAACACAGGAUUGAAGCAUUCAGGCAACGGCACAUCCAUGCCAUCGUCGUCUUCCCAAACAGCCUCCGCUGACACUGCGAAUGAGUCAGAAGACAGUGACUGUGAGAAUUUGCUUGAACCUACAGAGUCAUCUGACAGUGAAUACGCACAGACAAGAGAUUCUCGACCUUUGACACAUGCAGAUGGUGAUUCGAGGAAUACUCAAAUCUCCCAGAUUUGAUAGAACAUGAGCAUAACAUAGCACUAUCUUUCCUAAAUCGUUACAGAAUAUUUUGGGAUUUAACUCGGAGGAAAUGAGCUACAAAAGUGGAUCAUUGUGCACAGCAGAUGUAGAAGACUUGAACGUAGAUGGCUUACUCACAUUUUUGCAAGUUUUGUAAUGGGAUCUUUAGUAUAAUCAAGAUGUACUAAUUAAUGGGAUUCAUGGCUGUACUGGUAAAUAAGCAAAGUGAAUUCGGAAAAAAAAAAAACCCUGUCGCUUUGGUUGCCAAAUUCCCAAUACGAAAAGAAUGAGAUUUCGCAACCAAGUGCAGUUUCUAAUUAUCUCACAUCAAAGCUUACCUCGUGCACGAUCAUGCCUUGAAUCUUAGGGGGGUUAUUUCUAAGAACUACGAUCAUCUGGCUUUUUGACGGCGAAGCCAAAUAGAUCAUUGCCAGGAGAAGGAAAAAAAAAACAACCUUUGAUAAUUCCAAGAAGCCUGAUUGGAACAAAUGUGAACUAUCUUCUCUGCAUGCUCUUUUAAUAGAGAUGAGAUUUGUUUCGAUCUUUUUCUACUAGCCUAAUGUGUAUCACUUAAAAAAUGAUGGUUGCCUUUUUAUGUAGGGGAAAAAAUAAUAAUUACCAGUAAAUCAUCAGUGAAUGUCUCGAGCAUAACUACUCUGAUCUUUGUGGAUUUUUUUUUAAAAAAGUGACUUUGCCACACUAUCCUCAUUGUCUUGUUUUCGUUCUCCAAAAAAUGUAUGAAGAGCACAUAGCAGAAGGUGAUGACGUGGUCAGUUCUGUCAAUGUUUUGUGUUAAAACUCCACAAAUGCUGAAAAUACACAUUUGUGCAAUGUACUUGCAAAAGAAAAUCCUUGUUUCUAUAGAAAUUUUAAGUUAUGGAACAUAAAAGAGACUGUCUAAUAAAAUACCCUGGGGUUUCUUUAAAAUGUAUCUCUUGUUGGGGUGAGGGGGAAACCUUGUGAUUUUGGAGGCAUGACAUGGAUUCUGCUCAAAGAAUGUUUGAAUGCACUUACCGGUAUUUUUUAUUUUAUGCUUGCAGCGACGUUUGCCCAAAAGAUAAGAAACUGUGCCAUUCAGUGUCCAAUUAGGCUUUCCCCUCCAUUCUCUUCCAGCAAUCACUUCAGUCUGUGACAAUGCAUCUUUGUCAUAUAUAAUCCCACUCUUCGUUAAAGCCCUACAAGGCUCCCUUUAGAUAUCCAGUUGCCGGUGGCAAAAGACCUCAAUUGCUAAACAAUCCCAACCUAUCCUACACGUAUGAAACAAAAUUCAAGUGGCUUUGAAAUAUGGUAAAAUGUCAAUCUUUCUCAGACAUUUGGGACUAUCAAACAUUUCUCUUUUAGUUAUUUUUAACAUACUCUUUGGCCUUAACAUAAUGUAUUUUGUUUUUCAUUGCUACAGUCUGUUUUGAUAAAAAUGUGUUUCGGUUUUAUUUUUGGGGUAUUUGCAAACAACUGUAGUGCUGGUUAAUUAAAUAAGUGCUGUUGCCAUCUCAUCAGUUAAUUCAAGGAAUUUUAUUUUUGAUCUUGCUCAGAAACCUUUAAUGUACAUCUCGGACGAAGCAGUUAAAUGUGACAAUAAAAUCUUAUUUAAUCCUUUCUCUUUUAA